GUUAUCGAAUUUCUCACAUCUCUAACUUGGCAGGCCACUUUAGCCUCAAUUUGUCUAAUUAAAAUGCCGGAAAAAGUAGAAACUAGCCCCAAAGUCAACACAAGCACUGCCUCUGAAGCCUCAGCUGCUUCUAAGGAAACCGCCCCCAGCUACGAUCUGACUAAAUUUAAAUUGAAGCGGAUCCUAAACAACAACAGCGUGCGGAAAACUAUCGCUUUACUAGGUACUUUCCCUGACAAUGAUGAAAGCGCAGCCGCCGUUGUUAUUUUUGAGAAGCAUGCGUAUAGGGAGAGUGAUGUUGCCACCGGUGCGCCGUCCAACGAGGAACCAUUAAAGCCAAGCUACUUCAGCACAGACUUGAGUGUGCGGACGGAUUUUGUAAACAACAUUUACGGCAGCUACCACUGUGUGCCCGCCUCGGAGUUGUGCGGGGUUAAGUGCACCGUUAUUUAUCCAGCCACCGAGAAGCACAUUGAGAAAUAUUCCAUAUGCCACAAGUACGUCAUCUGUGAGACGCCAGAUCUCUAUGAAACCGUUACCCUUCCCUAUAUAGAGGAGAGCCAGUUCUCCUUGGACUGGGUGUACAACAUACUGGAACACAAGCAGGAGCAGGAGCGGAUUGUGUACGAGGACAAUGACCCAGAGACGGGCUUUAUCCUGCUUCCCGAUCUGAAGUGGGAUGGACGCAAUGUCGAGAAUCUCUAUUUGCUGGGCAUUGUGCACAAACAUGGCAUCAAAUCUCUGCGAGAUCUGAACGAAAGUCAUCUGCCUUUAUUGCGUAAUUUGCGAGAUCGCAGUGCCAAGGUCAUAUCUAAGCGUUACGGCUAUCACAGCACCCAGUUACGCAUGUACUUCCAUUACCAACCCUCAUUCUACCACUUGCAUCUCCACAUAAACCCCGUGCGGAACGAUGCGCCAGGCAUUUGGUGUGAAAAGUCGCAUAUGUUGGAUACAGUUAUUAACAAUCUCGAGCUACUCUCGGACUACUAUAAGCGCGCCAGUUUGCCGUUUGUUUUGUAUGAGGGAAAUAAACUGCUUAAUUUGUACGAGCAGAAGUUUCCAGUACGUAAGCCGAUUGAAACUGCGCCCAGCAACGUGGAAAGAUCUGACGAUCACCCAAAAUUAUUAGAUACUAAAACAACGGCCAACUUAAGUGAUGAGGAACCUGAGCGUCAAAGCAAGCGCAUUAAAUUGACGGAGGAACCCAGUACAGUGCAAAGUGUUGUUGCUUAGUAAAUACUAAUAAUAAUAAAAACAAUUGUGUAAUGCACUGUAAAUUAUACUUGUAUUUCACACGAAAAUAAAAAGUGAAGCUACGGCCAGACAGGCAAAUAAUAUUCACAGAAUUUGGGCAAACUUCACAAGUAUGUCACAAAUGUAAGUCUACACGAAACGUCUUUAAAUUAAAGUACUUACCAAAUCGUACUUGGAAAAAAUCACGAAUUCCUGUCAAAAUUAUUUGGAUGUCUGACCGUAGCUUAAGCUGUGUGUAUCCCAAA